AUGAUGGAAACACAUGAGGGAUUCUCCGAUCGGAAUGACACCUCUUUGCCUACCCCCGUGGCCCUCUUCCAGUUUAUUUCUCUGGGGUUGAUGCUGGCCAUCGGCAGCGCGGGGAACUGCCUUGUUAUCUACGGCUUCGGACGGUACCUGCGCCUACGGAGAAGAUCUCCGCACACAUUCAUGCUCGCAUUCGUGGCCAUGGAUUUGGCGCGAAUUCUUUUCUGCUUUUCGAUCGCUUUUGUCACAGUUGUACACCCUUUGGAGUUCAAGAUUGGGAAUGGAAUUUGCCGAGCUAUGGCCUUCAUCAAUGUUUUCAUAAUGAUAGGAAACAGUCUCAAUGUGUGCGGAAUGGCGCUCGAUCGGUAUUUUGACAACAAAUACCGAGCGGCUUAUAGGAGGCGGUGUCGCAGCUGGUUUGGAAUCGCAAUAAUCUUUGUGGUCAAUUUCUUAGCCUUUAUAUUUGCUUUUCCAGUUAUUUAUGAUGGGAAGAAUAGAAGGCCAAUUCUUCAAGUGCAGUGUAUGUAUCCUCAGUUCUUUUUCACACACGGGAUUCAAACGCUGAGUGUCCUGACAAGCAUCACCACAGCAUUCUGCCUCACGAAUAUCAUCUAUGCUAAGCUGUUUCUUCUUUUACGUGGACGUAGGAGAAUGAGACCCAUCAUCUACGAGCCAGCUGUCAGUGAAAACUGGGGUUUUUAUGAUCCCAGAAUUGGUCUAACUGUGAGGAAUAGAUGGGUAGCUGAUUCACUUUCUGAGGCGCCCAUUGCAGUGGUGAGUAGAUCCAUGUUCCAGAGUCACCCCUUACCAACUAAUUAUGAGAUAGCAUUGUGGAGAAGCAAGAAGCAAAAAGACAAUGAAAAACUGACUAAACUAUGCUUUAUAAUACAUCUUCUGUACUCCAGCAUGUGGCUACCAUAUGUCAUAACAAUUUAUUACUUAGCAUUAGCUAAUGGUGGAGCAAGUGUUCCCGCAUGGCUUGAGAUUUUUGUCACUUGGCUGACAUACCUACAGCCAACAAUAACUCCUUUCGCGUUUUCUGCGCUCUCAGGACUCUCAAGGAGAAGGCACAGGGUAAGAAUGGUAAGAUUCUCACCCACUUUAAGCAGUUCCAGUGCCUGA